AUGGCCCAGUUUGAUGCUAUGAUAGAGACAACGGACUCGCGCCCCGAGCCCAACCCGGAUAUGCUUUGCUACGAGAGCGGGACGUACGGUACCUGGAACCCUGCGAGAUUUAUGGCGCCAACUCACCCACUAGGCAGAGAGGACAUCAGAGCACAUGUACAAGGCACAGCCCGCGCUAUGGCUAUCGGACUGACUAUCGAGGAGGCCACCUGUGCCAGGGCCCAGCUAGACUCCUUGCUGCUAACAAUUGAGGCGGCAAACGAGGCUAACCCCGGAAUUCCCAAUUACGGGCAACACGGCGGGUAG